AUGUCUUCUUUUCUCCUCUCUAGAUUUCUUGAAUUACUUGUAAUACUUUCAUUUGCUCAUUUUUCAUUUUCAAUACAAAUUCAACAAACUUUCGAUCAAUGCCUUUCUACCAUUCAAGUCCCCGACACUUUCUUCACCCCUAACAACCCUAACUUCACAACCCUCCUCAACUCCACCGCCCAAAAUCUUCGUUGCUUAACACCUUCGUAUCCAAAACCCCAAGCUAUUUUCACCCCGUUGAACGAAUACGAUAUCCAAACCGCGGUUAUCUGUGCGAAAAAACUAGGCAUUCAUUUGCGGUUCAGAAGCGGUGGUCAUGAUUACGAAGGAAUAUCUUUCACUUCCGCUAUGGACCCGCCUUUUGUUAUGAUUGAUAUGUCAAAAAUGCGAGACGUGAACGUUGAUCUUGAUGACAAUUCCGUUUGGGUCGAAGCUGGUGCGACUGUUGGUGAACUGUAUUAUCGAGUUGCUGAGAAGAGCAGUAUGCAUGGGAUCGCUGCAGGGCUUUGCACGAGCCUAGGCGUUGGUGGGCAUAUCACCGGCGGCGCGUACGGGUCCAUGAUGAGGAAAUACGGACUAGGGGUGGAUAACGCAUUAGACGCGAAAAUCGUCAACGCGAAUGGAAAAAUCCUGGAUAGGGUUUCCAUGGGCGAGGACGUUUUUUGGGCAAUCAGUGGAGGUGGUGGAGGCAAUUACGGAGUUAUACUUUCUUGGAAACUAAAACUCGUACCUGUCCCUGCCAUUGUUACGGUUUUCGAUGUUCAAAAAACAUUGGAACAAGGUACAACUAAAAGAACCAUAAGUACAACUUAUAAUGCACUCUUUCUUGGAGGAGUUGACCGGCUUCUGGAUAUUAUGAACAGUAGUUUUCCCGAACUUGGUCUGAAGAAAACCGAUUGUUCCGAAAUGAGUUGGCUGGAAUCGGUCAUGUUCAUUGCCGGGUAUCCCACCACCGUACCGACCACCUUCCUCCUCACCGGAAAACCAGCUUUCUUGAACUACUUCAAAGCAAAAUCAGAUUUUGUGAAACACCCAAUUCCAGAAACUGGAUUGGAGGGGAUUUGGAAAAGGUUACUAAAAGAAGAAAACCCAUUAAUGAUCUGGAAUCCAUAUGGAGGACUGAUGGGGAGGAUUUCGGAAUCAUCAACGCCGUUUCCUCACAGAAACGGUGUGCUUUUCAAGAUUCAGUAUGUGAACAUUUGGUCGGUGCCGGAAAAAGAAGCAAUGAAGAAGCACUAUAAGUGGAUCAGGAAGUUUUACAAAUACAUGGGUCAGUAUGUUUCGAUGGAUCCAAGAGAAGCUUAUGUGAAUUACAGAGAUCUUGAUCUUGGAAUGAACGACAAGAAUGGCGAUAAUACGAGCUUUGAGAAGGCAAGUUCAUGGGGAAGAAGGUAUUUUAAAGAUAAUUUCAUGAGGUUGGUGAAGGCGAAGACGGAGUUUGAUCCUGAUAACUUCUUUAGACAUGAACAGAGCAUUCCUGUUCUUCCAGGGAAAGGUUUUUGA